CCGAAGUCAGACGUGCCUGCUUUCAAAAGCUGAUCCACCAAGUCAUGAGUGCCGACGAGCGGAACCCGGCCGCCACACCCACAGCCAGUGAGGACACUCAGGGAGAUGGACGAUGGAUGUCGAUGCACAACCGCUUCCUGUCCGACAGUAAAGACAAAGAACCUGAGGUCCUCUUUGUUGGCGACUUUCUGGUGCAGCUUAUGCAUCAGUUCGGUGUGUGGCGGCAGCUCUUCUCUCCACUCCAUGCGCUCAAUUUCGGGGUGGGAGGUGACGCCACGCAGCACGUGCUCUGGAGACUGACAAAUGGCGAACUGGACCACAUCAGCCCAAAGAUUGUCGUGCUCUGGGUCGGGACCAAAAACUGUGGCCAUACCGCUGAGCAGAUCUGUGGAGGCAUCAUGGAAAUCGUCCAAGUGGUUAAGAACAAGCUGCCGCACGCUCACACGCUUGUACUUGGACUCCUACCGCGAGGGAAAUCCCCGAACCCUCUGCGGGAGCGUAAUGCCGAGGUCAACCGGUUGGUGCGGGAAGCAGUGGCCAGCCUACCUCAUGCCUCCUUUCUGAAUGUGGACCCGGGUUUUGUUCACUCCAACGGCAGCAUCUCUCACCAGGACAUGUAUGACUACCUUCACCUCACCCCGCAAGCCUACCAGGCAGUGUGCGAGCCGCUGCACGCCCACCUCAAAUCCAUGCUAGACAGGUCUGCUGAGAACUGAACACAUACACACACAAACAUGACUCUCGUGGUCCUUCGCACUCUGCUAGGUUAGCAGGAAUGAGGAAUAGAAUCGAUAGGACGCGUCCGUGAGCAACAUGGUUGUCACUCACUGUUACAGGUAAUGGGACCAAACAUAAAUGCGGCACAUUAGAGAGAGUGAGAGAGAGACACUAAUGUCCCCCUUCAGUAUCAAUAAAGCUUCCUCUCCUGUUUUUGUCUUGUGAUUAAUCUCCCUAUAUUAUUCCAUAUAUGACAUCAUUAUUGUCCUUGGGCAGUUUUUUCUUCAGCUAUUGGAUUUAAAAACAGCAUAAGAGAGCCUGUUUUGUCAGAAAUGUGUUUUAAGUCAUAUGCCGGGAGGCUCUGCCUGAAUUUAGCCCUGAGGACCAUUCCACUGCUUCAAUAUCUGAGCAGUGUAAGCUGCAAAAAUGCAUUAAAGACAGAUAACAGCA